GCAUAAGCCAUGAAGCCGACCCUGCCUUUCUUUAUUCUACACAUGGAGGCUUCGUGUCUUCAUAGCAAAGCUUCCCAUUUCCUUUUUCUUUUCUUUUUCUUGUUGCUACACGAUAUUUGUUAAUUGCUGACAUCCUCUGAUUUUUAUAUAUGUAGGCCUCUUUCUCACUGCUGCUGUUGAAACUUCUAAAGUCAGCACAAGGUAUUAUCUGUCUUUAUCUUGAAUUCGGACAUGGCCUUGUCUUCUGGUUUUUUCACCCCUCAACUCUGUGCAUCUUUCAAGGUAGAGCGGCGGAGAGUGGGGUGGUGCAAUAAUUUGGUAAGCCAAAGAUUUGGUCCAUCACUUAGAAUUAGAAGCAAGAAGAUUAAAAUGUUUGGGCAGCCAUGGGGAAGUGAUGUAAACCAAAAGUGGAGCUUUCUGAGAGGAACAAUGAUACUCACUCGACCAAAUCAUGGCACUAAUAUUCGCUUCAGAAACGCCUCACCGGUGGUGUAUGCUUCAUUGGUGCCAUGUUCUCAGAUUGCAAGUAAUGCUUUUACACUGGGAACAGCAGCUGUUCUUCCAUUCUAUACCUUGAUGGUUGUAGCACCUCAAGCUGAGCUUACAAAGAAAAUAGUGGGAAGCAGCUUACCUUACAUGGCUCUUGGGGCAUUAUAUGCGUAUCUUCUCUACUUAUCUUGGACACCUGAUACUAUGCGUUUCAUGUUCGCUAGUAAAUACUUGUUACCCGAGUUGCCAGGCAUGGUUAAGAUGUUCUCCAGUGAAAUGACACUGGCUUCUGCUUGGAUACAUUUGCUGACUGUAGACCUUUUUGCUGCAAGGCAAGUUUACGGCGAUGGGCUGCAGAACAAUAUAGAGACGCGGCAUUCUGUGUUGAUGUGCCUCCUAUUUUGUCCGGUUGGAAUCCUCGCGCACGCCAUCACUAAAGCCCUAACCUCAGGAACAAAUGAAACGAAGACCGAUGAAGACGAUACCAUUUCUACUGAUUUAAUCAAAUGAUCCACACAUCCUACAUUCCCAACUCUUACUAUAUUGUACAGUUGAUUUUUUUCUACCACUAGUGUUUAGCAACAUAGCAGCUUAGUGUAGUCUACUUUAUUACAACCGAAAUCAUGGAGGAAUAUACAAGACUUCUUCAUGAAGCUCGACGCCAAACUGCCUCCACACAGCCUCCUUAGCCAAGUCAAUGAGUCGAAGCAUGUCGCCACUAGUUGCACCACCGCGGUUGAUGAAGAAAUUGGCGUGCUUCUCGGAGAUCACAGCACCUCCGACUCUGCAUCCUUUCAACCCGGCCCUCUCAAUCAGCUGCGCUGCACACAAAUCCGUCCCCUCUGGAUUGCGAAACACCGAGCCAGCACUCGUCUCCUCCAAUGGCUGGCUGCAUCUCCUCCUAUAAUGUAGUAGUAAUAGUAUAAUUUAGUAUUGUAGCAAUACAAGCAAAUAUAUACCAAAUGUCUACCUUUCCAUGUA